AUGAGGAUGGGGGCGGGGGGCUGGAACUAUAUCCAAGGGCGCUUGGGCGGCCGGACACAGCAGGCCACGAUUAUUCUGGCAGCAGCAGCUGGUCUUAGCUAUGUUGGGGGAUAUGUCAUUAAUACCUACAAGAGCUAUGACAACUUCCUGCAAGACAAGUACGCUCUGUUGCCAGCGGUGAUCAUUAUUUGCGUUGCCAUAGUAAUGUUCAUCAUUGGGUUGAUCGGCUGCUGUGCCACCCUCCGGGAGUCACGAGUUGGACUGGGGCUGUUUUUGGCCAUUAUUCUGGUUAUCUUUAUUGCAGAAGUGUCAGCUUUUGUCUUGGGGUUUGUUUACAGGGAAAAGGUUAAAACUGACGUGCAGGGCACAAUGCGUUCGGUCUUCCAAAAGUAUGAUGGGAAAAAUCCAGAGUCUACGGUUGUGGAUUACUUGCAAAAACAGCUUCACUGUUGUGGGGUAAAGAACUACAGUGACUGGACGACCACACAGUGGUUUAACUCCACGAGUAAUAGCAGUGUCCCUCUGAGCUGCUGCAGGCAAGAUCUGAACAACUGCACGGGGCGUCUGGAUCAGCCACAGGAACUCAAUACACAGGGCUGUGCGGAGGAGCUGGAGUCUGGGCUGCAGAGUGUACUCAGCUAUGCUAUGCUUGUAAUCCUGGGGUUUGCCAUCGUAAAGUUCUUUGGCAUGCUGAGCGUCUGUGUGCUCACUUGCAAGAGAGAAGACAGUGGAUAUCAGCCUCUUUACUCAGGGGUGUUUGCUUGAUAAAAGGCAAAGACCUUUUUUUUUUUUUUUUUUGCUUCCUGAUGAUAAAAUAGAUUUGUAAAGAUGAACGUUAAAGGACAAUUUAUGACCUUUUUGUUAAAUAUUUUAUUUUAUUUACAUGAAACGGAAAUCACGUAGUGUAUUGGUUUGGAAAAGUUUCUUGUGGGUGUUGUGUGAAAUGACACUCAAAAUUUAGUGCUGUGUAGUAACUCACCCUGUUCUUAAGCACUGCAACUUCCUGUAAGGUUAUUUUAGGUUUGCCCUUGUGACUUUCUCUACAGAGCAACAGAUGCUGUAGUAAACUCCAGGAAGAAAUCUACUUCUGCAGUUUCUUUCUGUACCCUAAAACACGCAGAAAGAAACGUUAUUUUUAAAUCACUAAACCGACUGAGAAAGCAGGAGGUAUUCACUGACUGCACAAAUAUCAAAUCUUUCUCAUGACAUGGUUAAACAGCAAAAGAAAUUUUUUUAAUAGGAGGUUUAAAUAUUCCUUAUAAGCCCAGGGAGCUACGAGACAUUUCUCCUGUAUCUGGUGGUGUUUCUUUUGUUCCUCCUUGUUACGGUCAUAUUGUGUCAUUCAGUUUAUUGGGGAGGUUGUUAGUGCAAGACAACCCUUUGGAGCAGCGUUUAAAAACUAAAACAGAAAUUUGCGUUGUCUUUUGGAAUAGCUAGCAAAUGUGAACAACCCCAGGUUAUGAGCGGGCCUGUAUUUUGAGCUUUUGGGCUCGGGGCAUCUCUAGUUUGGGGUUUUGUUGUGUUGUCUUUUUUUUUUUUUUGGAAACUAAAAAUUGCUUAUGAAGCAGGGCUUUUGAUUCCCCCCCCCCCUUAUACUGAUGCUUUUAUAUUUUGCCUGCACAUAGGCACACUUUCUUUCUAUUUAAUGUAGAUGUUGCAAGAGUUAUUCAGACGGAUACAGGCUGCAAGGUGGGAGCUGCAGGAAUGGCUAUGUAGAAAGAGGACUCUGGGAGGGUUAGUGCUGGGUUCCCUGUCUCGGUGAAGAUCUGGCUGCUUUUCACCGUUAAAAAUAUUAAGGUGACACAUUCUUGCACUGGAUAGUUGACCCAGCAACUUCAAUAACCUAUUGUCUGGCAGUGUCACAUGAUUCUUUGUUUGCUUUUCUUUUUUUCUUAAAAGAUCUGCUUAACGUCAUCAUUUCUUGGAUUGCAUCAUCUCUUUGAAAAUGAUCCUUCUUUAUCACAUUUGUAUGUUAAUCUGUUUCUCAGACCUUUAGGGAUUUUUGGUUUUAGGUUUUUUUUUUUUUUAGGACUAAGAUGUGGGGAGGGAGGGAGCUUUGAGCUAUUCUUGAUUAGAGGAUUGUGGAAAAGAAGCAGCGUGUUAUUUCUUUAAAAGGAUAAGCAGUCCCUCCUGUAGCAAACACAUAUAUAGCUAUUUAGAAAAAAGGAAUUUGGCCUAAGUGUAAGCUGUUUUUCUUUAUUUCCCCCUCCCCUUAAAAAGGAAUUUGGGGUAAGCGUAAGCUGUUUUUCUUUAUCCCCCCCCCACCCCAAAAAGAGAUGGAAAAAGGAAUGUUUGGAGGGUGAUGAUGAUACUCUAUAGGAGACGUACCAGUAUGAGUAUGUGUACAUGUUGAAAGUGUUUUAAUUUUUAUUGAGGGUUUUGUCUUCUGUUUAA